UUUUGAUGACAUCAUCACUGGGACUUUCCGGAUGCUUUGGGAUUGUCGUGUAAAAAGUUGUUUUAAAAUAGGAUUACUCUAGGUAAUAUAUCACGGCAGGGAAGAGGAAUAUAGAUCACAGGAAACCAGGAACGAGGGUAAAGAUCGACAUGACACCGAAUGGUUAAAAUAUUAAAACUCUCCGUUGUCAAUAGGGACAGAUAUUCAUGAACAGAAUGUCAACAACGCGGCCCCUCCUUGAUAUGAAGCGAGUCACCGAGGUAACCUGUUCGGAACCGCCCGAAAACAGGCUAUCACCCGUAGCGAGCAAACAACAGCAAGAGGUCCUGACAGUGGACGAAUUUGCGGUCCUUGAAAACAAGCAAGAAGAACUGAAUUGCGCUAAACGCAAAGUAGAACAGGUUUUCCAGGUAGCUUUCACAAUUAUCGGCCUUUUGGACCAUACUGGAGCCCACUGUAGUACAGCAUCAAGGCAGAUAUGGCUUAAACUCAAGGGAAAGAGAGACGACGUGUCGAAGGCAAAGGAGUACCUGAAAGGUCUCUGUGACCCAGAGCUGCAGCAGGUGGAGCGCUACCCUGUGGACAUCCACUGCAUCUUUGCCGGUGCCCGGGGUUUGUUCCUGGAUCGGCUGCUGCGGGACACCAGCGCUGAGGUUGUGGUGCUGGAGCCGGGGCGAUUGCGCCUGCUGGGCUGCGUUGAGUCUGUCGUCAUGGCACAGAGCCGUGUGCAGCAGUUUGUUGCUCUCUUCCAAGAGAAGCGGAACCUGCCCGGAGACAGGGAGCAGACCGUCAAACGCACCUUCAAGAUGUUUGUGGAGGAGCGAGACGAUAAGUACGCCAUGGAGCUGCUCUUGCUACCCAGUGCCCUGAAGGAGGAGCUGCUAGGUCUUGCCCAGAGCCCCACUCAGCCUGGUGGGGUUAUAGACGUGGACCAGGAUCGCUCCCAAAGCAGCACCCCUGUCACUGACCUCUCCAACCGCAUCGUGGACACCAGCUUUGAGGAGAAGGCGGCUGGGGCUCCAGCCGGGGCCGAAGCGGGGUUGCUGAAUGGCAUCCGACCCUCCCACAAGCGGCGGUCGUCAGAGAGCGAGCUGAGGGACACCAAGAGGCAGUUCUCCCUAGAGAGGAGGGGUGAGUCGAUUGAGAAAGAGUGCCACACUGUAACCAGUGACAGCCGAGCUAAGACUCCCUCCAAGGCCAACAUGGGACUUAUGGUGCUGGACUCCAGUGCGGAUGACCGGGAAGCUGUGGCCCCUGAGACCAACCUGCGGUGCCUGGUGAACUUCUUCAGGACCAUGGGCUACCAGCAGGAGGUGGUGGAGAGGGUGGUGAGGGAGACGGGCCAGACAGAGGACACCUUCCUGCUGCUGGAGCGCAUUGUGGAGGAGAGCCAGAGAACAGAGGGGCAGCGAGGUGGGGCGUCCUCAACCCACGACCCUGAGUCUUCAUCUUCCUCCUCCACUACUUUCUCCAGGGAUAAGGACAGAGGGACAGAUAGAAUACCAAACAGAGCCCUGGAUGUAAAGUCCAAGGAGAACAUUAAGCCACUCAGCAGCAAUGCUGUGGGACAGAGGGGACAGUGUAGCAGCAUGCUGCAGACAGUGAUACUAAAGAGGAGCAGCACUGGUCAGGGGGCUGCUUACAAUAUCAUCACCAUUGAUGAUGACGAGGACAGUUCCGACACUAUGACUGGCGUUAAUGCCAGGACGGCAGAGCAGCUGGAUCCUCCAACGGGGUCCAGGAUGGACUACUUUUCCCGGGGAGGGGCUCAGACCAUGGGGCCGGUACAUGUGGAGAGUGUGACGGCACUGCGGAGCACACCACAGUGUCCGACCCAGCCAGCAGGUACAAGGCCAGGCUGCUCCUACCAGACCCUGUCAGCCAGGGUCCCUCCACCCCGCACAGAGCCUCCUCCACCACCCCUGACUGCCACGACCCGCUUCCAUGAGUCCCUAAGAACCCCCUACUCCCUGACCCUACAGAACAAGCCUGGACACCCUGACCUCCGCCACAUCAUCAUCGACGGCAGCAACGUGGCCAUGGCGCACGGUCUCCACCGUUUCUUCUCCUGCCGGGGGAUAGCCAUUGCUGUUGAGGCCUUUUGGAGUCGGGGCCACCGGGAGAUCACAGUCUUUGUGCCUCAGUGGAGGCAGAAGAGAGACCGCUAUACCACAGAACAACAUUACCUGAAUCAACUGGAAGACCUGCGUCUGCUCUCCUUCACUCCUUCCAGAGAGGUCUGUGGAAAGUGGAUUUCCUCACAUGAUGACAGGUUUCUGCUCCAUCUAGCAGAGAAGACAGGAGGGGUUAUCGUCACCAACGACAACCUGCGGGACUUUGUAAAUACAUCACAGGCAUGGUUGAAGAUCAUCCAAGAGAGGCUUUUGCAGUUUACCUUUGUGGAGGACCACUUUAUGAUCCCAGAUGACCCCCUGGGGAAACAUGGCCCCCACCUGGAUGUUUUCUUACGGAAGGACAACAGACCGAGCCCAGUUGCACCUCUUCUGAGGCCGGACCCCCAAGCCACCCCGCAGCAUGUCCACGCUAUGCAGUCUGCUCCCUGCCCCUCAGCACCCUCCCAAUGGCCGCACUCUGGGGCCCCUGGGUGGCACCGCCCUUGCCCUACACCCUCCCCCCCUCCACAGCGGUCACCCUCGGAAACCAUAGAGCUCAAAAGUAAGCUGUACGAUAUCUUCCCCGGCCAGAAUCAGCGCAUUGACCGUAUCCUGUGUGACAACCCCUACAUGAGGGACCUGAACGCACUGUCAGGCCUUCUGCUGGGAUGAAACCAAGCUCACAUACAGUACUCAGCCACUCACACACAGAUACACUUAAAAGUCUGUCUGUCGAAUGAUGGCGCCAAGAGUAGGCCUAUGUACGGAAAACUGAGAUGUUUUUUUAUUAAAGACGAUGAUCAACUGCACUGCUAUUGGGGAUGGCUAUUUGUUUGGAAGGCAUCAGUCUCCAUUUUCUCCACAUUUUGUUUAAGUUCAACAGUGUCCAUGGAACAUAUCCACUAGCACAAAUGCACUUCUAUGACAUUUCUAAAUAGUUUGCUUUCUAGUGAAACCAUGGAAUGUGGGGAGAAACUGUCCAGCUGGCAUAUGAUGUGCACAUAUUUGUUCUGAGUACUUAGGUCUUUAAAGUGUGAAACCAAAAUUGUGUUGAAAUUGCUGUUAUAACUGCUGAAGGAAAAGUUAUUUUGUUCAUGAUGUAAUAUAUUUACAGUUUAUAUUAUUUGAUUGAGCAAAUAUGAAAAUUGUGACAUGUGUAGAUAUUGUUUUAUGUGAACAUCUACGAAAAAUACAGCAGCCCAUAAAGAUGAUUUUUUUUUAAAACUUAAAUCUGCCUAAUUGCUCCAGUGAAUCACAAAACAGUGCUUUAGUACCAGGUUGGCAGGGUCUGGAGGACCCAGUGCCCUGUACUAGCACACUCCUGUGCUGAGGUUAAUUAUAUCUUCUAUUAAUAUUUUAUCUAAAAUAUGAGUAAAUUAUAUUUCUUACCUACUACACGUCAAGUCUGGCUGCCUCUCAUCUUCCAGUACUGAAUGUCCACUACACUCACUGAGGACAUAACCAUUGUAUCUUCGGGAGAGUCCCAGACUGACUCGGAUGCCAGAAGAGACAAUUUACCCAUGUUACUCAAUGAUCUGGCACACCCUGGCCAUUCUCUUUUGCAAGUGACUACCUUGUAAUGGUAACACAUAGCAAACCUGGAGUUCAUGGUUUUUCAAUAGGAUAAGACUCCAGUCACCAGCUAUGGCCACCAGAGGUCACUGUACACUAAGCUGUCAGGGGCUAGUUGCUACUGAAUCACUUCCUCAUUACCACAAACAGAAGAGUGUCUUUUAUGAAUAAAUUAAUUUGCUUCAGUUGUAUAUAACUUCGGUUUUGUAUAACAGUAGUGAUGGGGGGGGAAAUCGAUACAGUUACAGAUUGGGAUAUUAUAUUUCACGAUAUAUCGUAUCGGUUUGACAAUAUCGCAAUAUUAUUGCGAUUAUUCUUUGCACUAGUUGGCUAUAACUGCACCAAAACUCAAGUGUUUUUCCUUAAUAGCUUAUUUUCCAUCUUUUUAAAUAGGGAGACAAUUUGUUUUCAGCACUUUUAUAUUACUGAUCAAAACUUGUUUUCUCAUGCUCUCUCAUCUCUCUGCAGCAGCCAUAUAGUGAGCAAUGUUUGAACCAUGGAAUCACAAUAAAAUCACAGUAUUGAAUUGCAAUACACAUAGAGUUGCAAGACAUAUUGUAUCAGCAUCAUAUCGUGAGGAUUAUUUUUGGAUAUUUUUGUCAGUGUAUUCUACCAGUGAGGUAAAACUUUGGUCUAUGUCUCCAAGUCCCCAUUUGUUUACUCUCAACAAAAUGCAAUGGAUGUCAGUCACUGAUGUUUGGUUUAAAAAGAAAAAAAUGUUAAAACAUUUUCAGAUUUCUAUGAGAAGGGAAAUGCUGUGGUAUCACCAGGGUACAGACAUUUUGUGGGUAUCUCACAGUUAAAUACAGGGUAUGUAUAUGAUCUCCACAGGCUGGUAAAGUUAAGGCUAUGUUUUUGUCAUAAACAAUAAUUAAUUUUCUUA